CUGUCACGGCUCACCAUCCCUCCCUCCCUCCCCUAGGCCUGAACAGACUCAGCUAAGCACCCAUGGAUCUGUGGAACUGGGAUGAAGCAACCUCCCAGGAGGUGCCCCCAGGGAGCACGCUGCCAGGACUGGAAGGAACUGAUUGCGGCUUCUACCUGCCUGAUUUGGCGCUCCAGGAGGACGCGCUGACAGCCGACACGUGCUGGAGAGGGUUCCCGCAGCUGGACUGGGGCUCAGCGUUAGCAUACCCAGAAGCUUCUUCGUGGGGGGCGGAGCUCUCGGCUCAGACUCUUCCGUGGUGGGGAGACUGGACAGAGCAGGCGUACCCCGGCUCGGGCGCUUGGAGCGGCGUCUCCCAGACCCUGAGCCCCGGCCCUUUCGCGGGUUGGGACGGAGCAACGAGCCUGAAAUGCACCAGCUCGGUCGGAGGGACCGACCCGUGGUCGCAAGCGCAAGCCAUCGCGACCGCCACCAACUGGGACCAAUCUACUGGCCCCGACCCAGCCGGCUGCUGGAGCAACAGCCUGGGCGGGGAGCCGCGCGCGGACUGUACCAUUUCGUGGGGGGCUGCGGGCUCGGACUGUGCCACCUCCUGGGACUCGGGGCUGCAUACGGAUGGCCUAGCCUCUGCGAAGGGGUACCGGAUUUCAGAACUGCCCGCUCCCUCCCAACCCAGCCAGCACUCGGACCGCACAACUUUAGCUCGUUACCCCAAAACUCAUCACCGAGGUCCUAUUCAGCUCUGGCAAUUUCUCUUGGAGCUGCUCCAAGACGGGGCGCGCCGCAGCUGCAUCCGCUGGACGGGUAACAGCCGCGAAUUCCAGCUCUGCGACCCCAAAGAGGUGGCGCGGCUGUGGGGCGAGCGCAAGAGGAAGCCGGGCAUGAACUACGAAAAGCUAAGCCGAGGCCUGCGCUACUACUACCGCCGCGACAUCGUGCUCAAGAGCGGGGGCCGAAAGUACACUUACCGAUUCGGGGGCCGCGUCCCGGCUCUAGCCUAUCCCGACAGCGCCGCGGGCGGGCAGGGAGCAUUGACCCAAUAAAAAUAUC